CACCCCCUCCGGUGCCGAGCGCGCCGUGCCAGCCCCGCCGGGAGGAAAUGGGAAGCCAGUGAGCGGAUCCGUGCCGGUGCCGGCGCCCGCGAUGACCCUGGUGCUGCCCAUGCAGCGGCUGGGCCGCCCCAUCGCCGCCGAGGGAGCCGCCGACCUCGCCGCCUACCGCGCCCUCUGGGAGCCGCCCUGCUGCGGCCGCCCCGGCCCCGCCGCCCCCCCGGCCGCGGCCCCAGCCCCGGCGGCCCCCGGGCCCCCAGCCGCAGGAUCACAUUACAGGGGAAUUUCAAAUCCUGUAACAACAUCCAAGAUCACAUACUUUAAAAGGAAAUAUGUGGAAGAAGAGGAUUUUCAUCCACCACUCAGCAGCUGUACACAUAAAACAAUCUCCGUGUUUGAGGAGCGGGCCCAUAUACUUUACAUGUCUUUGGAAAAGCUGAAAUUCAUUGACGAUCCUGAAGUCUACCUGCGGAGAUCCGUCCUCAUCAACAACCUAAUGAAGAGAAUUCACGGAGAGAUCAUCAUGCAGAACAACUGGUGCUUCUCCGCCUGCUCCUUCAGUGGCGCCUCACCACAAGAGUGGUUUGUGCCUCAGGACUGCCCAUACAGAAAACGCCUUCGGAUGGCAAAGGAGGAGUAUGAGAAGCUCCACAUGUGCUGCUUCUAUCAAGAAUGUGGCAGUCACUAUUUAAAUCUACCCUACUCUGUUAAUGCUGGUACAGAAAAUACUUCCUCCUCCUCUUCCUCCUCCUCCUCUUCCUCCUCUUCCCCCCCCAUUUCUUUGCCAAGCUGUUCCCAGCAGGUGGAUUAUGAUGUUGGCAGUGCACCUUCUUACAGAAGUGAUGACCAGAUACCUGCUAAUGAAAUAUUCAUCACUAAUGGCAGGUCUCACAGUAAUCAGGAAAAGGCAAAGUUUAAUGACGAGAAAGGAGGUAAUGAACCUGAGCAGGAGAGUGUUGCCCUAAACUGUGAACCUGUAAGAGGCACCCAAGCUCUCGAAUGUAGAGGCAAAUUUUAUGACUAUUUUGAGACUGGAUGUAAUGACAAGAGCAACGUAAGUGAAUCUUGGAAAAAAUCCUUAAGGAAAAAGGAAUCUUUACCAAGUAAUAAAAUGUGCUGCAACAAAGGAAGUAAAAUAUGAGGCAUCUUUCUUGCUCUGUUGAAGCAUGCACAGCACGUUCUUUCUCUAUCAAAUUUUUAUUUUGAAUGGGUUUUUUAUAAUUUUCUACAAAUGGUACAAUCAUGCCACAAACAUGGCGUGUAGUUCUGUGACUGGAGAGCAGAUUGCGUAAAGAUAUUCUGUGAUCUGCAUCAGCGGGCUAUUUAUAAAUACGGUGACUUCAUAAAGGACGCAGUUGCGUUACUGCUGAGUCUGGUGUAGCUAUGGUGUAGCUUUCAUUACUGAAAAUGCCAAUCAGCCAGAUGGGGAAAACAUACCGUUUCAUAUAUCCCCGCCCCCAAGAAGUCUGCCAUUAAUUAAGAAGAACCUCCAUUAUGUUUACCAAGGAAUUAGAAGUCUGGUAAACAAAUUGAUGCUACCAGCAAGGAUGAUGUGCUCCUUGUAACUCGGUGUUCAUUCUGACAAAGGACUGUCUUCAUGGACUAGGAAUAAACCGUCCUUAUGUUUUGUACUGAUCCUCUUGAA